AACCAUCCUCUUUCUACUUUUCCUAAACCCUAUUUCACGUUCACCCACCCCUCCCUUCCAUUACCUGCCACUGCACCCUGCACGCUGCACUCUAGCUGCCGCAGUCUCAGGCUUCCGACGCUUUCAGAGGAAUUCGAAGAUGGGUUUCCAGAUGCCGUCUCAUGGAAUUCAAUCCAUGCUUAAAGAGGGUCACAAGCAUCUCUCGGGUUUAGAUGAGGCCGUUCUCAAGAACAUUGACGCCUGCAAACAGCUCUCCACCAUUACUCGAACCUCUCUUGGCCCCAAUGGAAUGAAUAAGAUGGUAAUUAAUCAUCUUGACAAGCUUUUUGUCACAAAUGAUGCUGCCACAAUUGUCAAUGAACUAGAGGUACAGCAUCCUGCGGCCAAAAUUUUGGUUUUAGCAGGUAAAGCUCAGCAAGAAGAAAUUGGUGAUGGGGCUAAUCUGACAAUUUCGUUUGCUGGGGAACUUUUACAAAAUGCUGAAGAGCUCAUCAGGAUGGGUCUACACCCUAGCGAAAUAAUCAGUGGCUACACAAAAGGAAUCAAUAAGACUGUCGAGGUUUUGAAUGAACUAGUGGAGAAAGGUUCAGAAAACAUGGAUGUUCGUAGCAAAGAGGAAGUCAUUUCACGCAUGAAAGCUGCUGUUGCUAGCAAGCAGUUUGGACAAGAAGAUUUUAUUAGUUCUCUAGUGGCUGAUGCUUGCAUUCAAGUUUGUCCUAAGAAUCCAGCAAAUUUUAAUGUGGACAAUGUUCGAGUUGCAAAGUUAUUGGGAGGUGGUUUACAUAAUUCUUCAGUAGUGCGUGGCAUGAUCUUGAAAAGUGAUACUGUCGGAAGUAUUAAGCGAAUUGAGAAGGCCAAGGUUGCUGUAUUUGCUGGUGGCGUUGAUACAUCUGCCACGGAAACAAAAGGAACAGUAUUAAUUCACACUGCUGAGGAGCUACAAAACUAUGCGAAAACUGAGGAAGCUAAAGUUGAGGAGCUGAUAAAAGCAGUUGCAGAUUCAGGGGCCAAAGUAAUUGUUAGUGGAGCAGCUGUUGGGGAAAUGGCUCUACAUUUCUGUGAGCGCUACAAGCUUAUGGUGUUAAAAAUUAGCUCAAAGUUUGAGUUGCGGAGAUUUUGUCGCACAACUGGUGCUGUAGCCAUGUUGAAGCUCAGCCAGCCAAAUCCAGAUGACUUGGGUCAUGUGGACUCUGUCUCAGUUGAAGAAAUUGGUGGUGUUAGGGUCACAGUUGUGAAGAAUGAAGAGGGGGGUAACUCCAUAUCAACAGUUGUGUUACGAGGAAGUACUGAUAGUAUUCUGGAUGAUCUUGAACGGGCUGUUGAUGAUGGAGUUAAUACGUACAAAGCAAUGGCGAGGGACAGCCGCAUAGUGCCUGGAGCUGCUGCUACUGAAAUUGAGUUGGCUAGAAGAGUAAAGGAGUUCUCUUUUAAAGAAACAGGAUUGGAUCAGUAUGCCAUUGCAAAAUUUGCAGAAAGUUUUGAGAUGGUACCAAAAACAUUAUCUGAAAAUGCUGGGCUAAAUGCAAUGGAGAUAAUAUCAUCAUUGUAUGCUGAGCAUGCAUCCGGAAAUACUAGAGUGGGUAUAGACUUGGAGGAAGGGCUUUGCAAGGAUGUUUCCAAGAUGAAUAUCUGGGAUCUUCACAUUACAAAACUCUUUGCUCUUAAGUAUGCUGCAGAUGCUGCUUGUACUGUCCUUCGAGUGGACCAGAUAAUAAUGUCAAAACCAGCUGGAGGCCCAAGGAGAGGAGCGCAGCCUGCGGGGAUGGAUGAGGACUAAACGCUCAAUUGCCACACUCCUACAAAUCAUUCUGCAUCUGCCCGCAAGUUUUGAUUAAGAUAUACCGAAAUGGUUUGUUUGCGGUUGCCUCUGCAAAUAGGACGUAUCUUUUUAUUAGUCACUGCCCUUUGAUUGUUGGAUAUAAUGUGUUGUUGAUGCUAUAGCGCGGCUUAUUGUGUUAGUAGGGAACUCCUGGAAUGAUGCCUAUUUAGAAUGUGUUGAUGGCAAGCUAGCUCAUCUAGGUUUUUGCAUCCUUUGUUUC